GCCGCAUCCCCGCGGGGCGGUGGGGCACAGCGGUGGGGCACAGCGGUGGGGCACAGCGGGGCUGAGCGCCUUCGGGGCGGCGAUGGGAUCCGCGCUGCUGCCGCUGCUGCUCCUCGGGGCGCUGCGAGGGACCCCCGCCCUGCAGCUGCUGCACCCCCAACCCGCCGCAUACCACGGCCCACCCGGCAGCUACUUCGGCUUCGCCAUGGACUUCCACGUGGAUGGGGGAAGGGUGGCUGUGGCUGUGGGGGCUCCGCGCGCCAACACAUCGCAGCCCCACCUCACCGAACCCGGCGCCGUCUUCCUCUGCUCGUGGCCGCCGGGACCGAGCGCGUGUCAGCCCGUCCCCAUCGACAGCGCGGGCGACCAAUGGGAGCUGAGCGCUGCGCUGCAGCUCCACGUGCACAAAUCGGGGCAGUGGUUGGGAGCGUCGCUGCUCAGCCGGGAUGGAACACUGCUGGCGUGCGCCCCAUUGCAGCACUGGAACGCCCUGCGGGGGGGCAGGGAGGCGUUCCGCACCCCGGUGGGCGUCUGCUACGUGGGCCGCGCGGGCAGUGUGGGGCUGCGGCGCCUGGCGUGGAUCUCCCCGUGCCGCGAUGUGCGCAUGGCCGCCUCCUACCGCGACACACAGUAUGUGCUCGACCAGCGCUACUGCGAGAUGGGCUUCAGCGCCGCCGUCACCGCCGUGAGUGGGGUCCGUGGGGGGUCCUAUGGGCGCUCCCGGCGCUCUGCGAGGGGCGGCCCCACGGCUGCAGGGAUGGGGGUGGGGUGGGGUGGUCCUAUGGGGCGAUGCGGGGGAUGGGAUAUCCCCAUGGGGCCGUCCAUGGGGCGGUCAACGGGCCGUCCUUAUGGGGCACUCCAUGGGGAGACCAUGAGCGUGUUCCUAUGGGGUGAUCCAGGGGGCAGUCAAUGGGGUAUCCCUAUGGGGAGAUCCAGGGGUGGUCAAUGGGGAUGUCCCUAUGGAGCCUUCCAUGAGACCUCCAUGGGGUGUCCCUAUGGGGAACUCCAAGGGGUGGCUGUGGGGGUAUCUCUGUGGGGUGCCCUCGGGUGUGGUGUUUGGGACGUCCCUAUGGGGCGCUCCGUGGGGUGGUUAAUGGAGUGCCCCUAUGGGAUGCUCUGGAGGACAGUUAAUGGAAUAUCCCUACGGGGCCGUCCGUGGGGUGGCCGUGGGGACGUCUCUAUGGGUGCUCCAUGGGGUGGCGUUUGGGACGUCGCUAUGGGGCGGCCAUGGGGCAGCCCGGCACACAUCUCCCCACAGGACGGCACGUUGGCGCUGGGCGCUCCGGGGGGGUAUUACUUCCGGGGGCUGCUGUAUGUGGUGGAGAUGGAGUCCAUCCUUUCCCGCUUCCCCAACUCCUCCCUGCUGUGGCCGCACAGCCCCGGGCGCCCCACGGGGGAGCAGACGGACCCCGACUACAGCGAUGGCUAUCGGGGGUACUCCGUGGCCGUGGGAGAGUUCGACGACAACCCCAAAACCAAAGAGUUCGUGGUGGGGGUCCCCAAUAAGAGCAACACGAGGGGAGAGGUGGAGAUCUUCAGCGCGGGGCUGUCACUGCGCCGGCUGCACGGCGUCCCCGGUGAGCAGGUGGCCUCCUACUUCGGGCACACGGUGGCCGUGGCCGAUGUCAAUGGGGACGGGAGGGACGACGUCCUGGUGGGAGCACCGCUGUUCGUGGAGCGGCGCGCGGAGGGGAAGCAGCGCGAAGUGGGGCGGCUCUACCUCUACUUGGGGGGCGCACGGCAGCCCUGGGAGCGCCCCACACAGACCCUGACGGGCACAGAGCCCUACGGGCGCUUCGCCGCCGCCAUCGCCCCGUUGGGGGAUUUGGACCGCGACGGCUGCGGCGACGUGGCGGUGGGGGCCCCAUUUGGCGGCGACGAUGGCAGUGGGGCUGUGCUCAUCUUCCGGGGUCAGCGCGAGGGGCUGAGCGCGACCCCAUCGCAGCGCCUCAGCAGCCCCUUCCCCGGCCCCGCCGCCUUCGGCUUCGCGCUCCGCGGGGCCACCGACAUCGACGGCAAUGGGUCGCCAGAUCUGCUGGUCGGCGCUUUCGGGGUCUCCAAGGUGGCCGUGUACCGAGCGCGGCCCGCGGUGGUGGCCCAGGCGCAGCUGAGUGUCCCCAGAGGGCUGAACCCAAAGGUGACGGAGUGCGUCCUGCCCGGCACUGACAGCCGCGUCACGUGUUUCCCGGUCCGGCUGUGCGUCUCCGUGUCGGGACGGCGCAUCCCCGACAGCGUCCGGCUGCUGGCCGAGCUGCGGUUGGACCGCCUGAAGCAGAGGGGGCACCGCCGGGUCCUAUUGCUGCACGGACAGCGGGCGGUGUGGCGGCGGGAGGUGGCGGUGGCACCGGGAAUGUCGCCGCAGUGCCACCACCUCGACGCGUAUCUGAGGGGCGAGGGGGACUUCAGGGACAAACUGAGCCCCAUCGUCACCGGCCUCAGCCUGGCGCUGCCCGCGCAUCCCCACGGCCCGGGGGCGGCGCUCUAUGGGGACACCCACGUGCAGGCGCAGACCCACAUCAUCCUGGAGGACUGCGGUGACGACAACGUCUGCGUCCCCGACCUGCGCCUCUCCGCCCACACGCCGGACGCGCGGCUGCGGAUCGGAGAUGACAACGCGGUGACACUGCGGGUGGGGGUCGCCAAUGUGGGGGAGGGGGCUUUCGAGGCCGAGCUGUGGGUGCAGCUCCCGGAUGGCAGCUUCUAUCAGCGGGCACUCAGCCACACGCGGGAGAAGCUGAGCUGCAACCCCAGAAUAGAGAACGGGACCCACGCGGUGGUGUGCGAGAUGGGCAACCCCAUGAAGGCGGGCGCACAGGUCUCUGUGGCCGUGGAGCUGAGUGUCGCUGGGUUGGAGGACGCGGGCGAUGCCAUCACUUUCCAGCUGCAGCUCAGGAGUCAGAACGGCCCCACCGUCACCGCGGCAGUGACGGUCCCCGUGGAAGCGCACGCGGAGAUGGAGCUGCGGGGCACGUCCCUGCCUGCCGCCACGGUGCUGCCCGCGGAGUGGCCGCGGGUUGAGGGCAGCCGUCGGCCGGACGACCACGGGGUGCGCGUGGAGCACAUCUACCAGCUGCACAAUAAGGGCCCGGCCGCCGUCGCCAACGUCACUCUGAGCGUCCGCGUCCCCAUCGCCGCGGGCGGCCGCGCGCUGCUGCACCUCCUGGACGUGGGCACCGAAGGCGACGUCGUCUGCGCGCCACCGCCGGACCUCAACCCCAUGCGGCUGGAAGUGACCCGCAGCCCCGACGGGGGGCGGCGACGGCAGCGCAGAGAGGCGGAGGGGAGCGGCAGUGUGGACUGCGGCAACGCCACGUGCGCGGAGGUGCGGUGCCGGGCGGACGGCGUGGCGCGGGGACAGCGCGUGUUGGUGGCCGUCCGUGCGCUGCUGCGGAUGGACGCCCUGCGGCAGCAGGAUGACCACCCCCAGCAGCUCUUCAUCCACUCGUGGGGUUCCUUCAACGCGUCAGCGAUGCCGUACCGCGUGCGGCCCCACACGCUGCCCCACGGCACUGCCACGGCUGUCACCGAGGUGCUGCGCUCCCUCCCCAUCGCCGUCCCGGUGUGGUGGGUGGUGCUGGGGGUGCUGGGGGGGCUCCUUCUGCUCGCCCUCCUCGUCCUCCUGAUGGGGAAGAUGGGGUUCUUCAAGAGGACGCGGCCGCCGGCGGAGGGGGACAUCGGGGAGGGGGCGGCGGGACGGGGACAGAGCGCGGAGCCGGGGGACGGCCGGGGGUAGGGGGGGACCCCGCAUCCCGACCCCCCCGCGUCCCAUCCCCACCCCGCGUCCCAUCCCCAUCUACGGGUUCCCGAUGUCCCCGGCGCCCUACACGUGUCCCGGCGUCCCCAUCCCUGUCCCAGUGCCCCCAGAGCCCCACAGCUGCCCCAACGCCCCCCACAUCUGUGGGUUCCCGGUGUCCCCGUAGUCCCACCCCAAUGUCCCCACUGCCCCACACAACGCCCCUAUAGCCCCCCCAGUGCCCCUGCCCUGUUGUCCUCAACAUCUGUGGGAUCCCAAUGUCCCCGUAGUCCUGUCCUGAUGUCCCCAGCCCUGCCCCACUGUCCCUAGCACUCCACACCUGCCCCAAUGCCCCCAACAUCUGUGGGUUCCCAACGUCCCCAUCCCCACCCCGAUGUCCCCAGAGCCCCACACCUUCCCGGUGUCCCCAUAGCUCCCCCCCUCCCCCGCAGUGUCCCUGUAGUCCCACCCCAAUACCCCCAUCCCUGCCCCACCGUCCCCAGUGCCCCACACCCGCCCCACUGUCCCCAUCCCCAUCCCAAUGUCCCCAACGUCUGUGGGUUCCCAUUGUCCCCAUAGCCCCACCCCACUGUCCCCACCCCCCCAGGAUCCUAUGGACCUCCCCCCCCACCUCCCCCUGCAAUAAAUCUCAGCAGUGC